UUCAGGUUGAUUUUUUCACGUUUUGUGGACGUUUUGUGUAAAUUUUUGGACAUGGCAACCGUAAUUACGCCACAUUUGGUAACUGUACAAAUCUCUAAUAAUGUUACCUCAUUCAUGUCUGAGAAAAGGUUCGARAAAGGAAUUACAAUCGCUGCAUUGAAGGGCAAACUCGAGUUGAUAACAGGAUGCCCUGCAUCUUCUGUGGACUUACAACUGUUUGAUAAAGAGAGCAACCUGAUUGGACCAAUGAAUGAUGAUGAUGCCUUAUUUGGUUCUUAUCCUGUUGAAGAUAAUAUGAGAAUACAUGUCAUUGAUAGAGAUCCAAAGAAAAUUGCAGGAGAAUUUGAAGAUUUAUCCAAAGUUGAAAAAUAUGAGAUAAGUGAAGAUGAUUAUAGCAAAAAGACAGACUCAGUGAGAGCUUUUAAAAUGAGGAAUAAACUUGGAAGAUUUGCAGAAACAACAGCAGAAGAUGAGGAACAGAAAAAAGCUAAAGAGAAAAGAGAACAAGAAGAAGCAGAAGCAAUUCCUGUUGGRUCAAGAUGUGAAAUUAGAAUUGGUGGAAAUGCUAAGCGUGGAGAGGUGAUGUUUGUAGGCAAAACAGACUUCAAACCUGGAUACUGGGUUGGUGUAAAGUAUGAUGAACCAUUGGGGAAAAACGAUGGAAGUGUUGCUGGCAAACGRUACUUCACAUGCAUAAAUAAAUAUGGUGGCUUUGUACGACCAAAAGAUGUGGUUGUGGGAGACUUUCCAGAAGAAGACCUUGGUAUCGCAUCAGAUGAGGAAAUUAAAAUGAUGUUCUUGCUGUAUACUGAUGGGAUUCGAGUUGUCAUAACAACAGCUAACCUGAUUCAACAAGACUGGGACCAAAAAACACAAGGUAUAUGGGUUAGCCCAAAGUUUCCAAGGUUGUCUACUGGUGUAGAACCAGCUGAUUCCUCUGCUUCAAAGAAUUCACCAAGUAAAAGAAAUACAAAUUUCAAGAAAGACCUGUUGGAAUACUUGUGUGCAUAUGGAGGCACAGCUCUUGAUGAAUGGAAAAAACACAUUAGACAACAUGAUAUGUCAUCUGCAAGUGUUCGGCUGAUUGCCUCAGUACCAGGGCGUCACUCAGGUCUAAGUAAAGCUAAAUGGGGCCACUUGAAACUCAGAAAGGUCCUUCAAGAAAAUGGGCCAGCAUCAACAGAUGUUUCACAAAACUGGCCUGUGAUUGGACAGUUUUCUAGUAUUGGUUCCCUUGGUAAUGACAAAAACAAAUGGGUUUGUGCUGAAUGGCUUCAGAGCAUGGCAGCAGUGACUGGCAGGACCUUUGGUUCCAAUCCGCCAUUGAACCUGGUAUUUCCAUCUGUUGAUGACGUUCGUCUGAGCCUCGAGGGAUAUCCAGCUGGUGGAUCAAUACCAUACAGUCAUAAAACAGCAGUGAAACAACCUUGGCUGACAUCAUUCUUUUGUCGGUGGAAGUCCAACACCCAUGGCAGAACUAAGGCUUCUCCUCACAUCAAAUCAUACGCAAGAGUCUCACCAGAUGCAAGCAAACUUGCUUGGUUCAUGGUUACCAGUUCAAAUCUCUCAAAAGCUGCCUGGGGUGUAAUGGAGAAGAAUGGGUCCCAGUUGAUGAUUCGUUCCUAUGARAUUGGAGUUCUUUUCUUACCAGAGGACUGUGAUACGGAUUUGGACCACUUCACUGUGGAUGGUAGUCACGMACARWCAGGAUCAAAKAGUCACACAAGUGUACCUGUCACGGUGCCUUUUGAUCUACCAGUAACYCCUUACACCAAAGAAGACAAACCGUGGAUGUGGGAUGUACGCCAUACCGACAAACCUGAUAGCCAUGGCAACGUAUGGUCACCAUCGUAACAAGUUAGAACCUGCUAUACGGGUUUUGUUAGUGUACAUACGAUUACUUGAUUUUUYAUUUCAACCUGUUAUGCGGGUAUAACGGGUAUAAACGGUCCAUAAUAGGUAUCAUUCAGUUGAGCCCCACUUUGAUAAACAGAAAUAAAAUGUAAAUAAAAGAAGAUAAAACCACUUUC